AUGGUAGCGAAAGCGCGUCUACGCACAAAGUUAGGUUGUCUAACGUUCGCUGGCGUAGCUAAUCAUAUCGCAACAGGCCGCCAGCGAAAGAAGAAAUGCGACGAGCUGAGGCCCGUAUGUUCUGGGUGCAGUAGUCGCAAGUCACUCGAGUGCAAAUGGCCAACGGAACACGAUAAUGCGCAGGAUCGUCGGCUGCGAAAGGUCACUAUUCGUACGACAUCUCUCUGCACCGAGAACAUCGAGACCAGCACUGAGGGUACUUCGGAUACAUCGGACAGCGGAUAUGCCUCGACCCCGGAGGAGCAGAUGACGGAGAGCCAGGUGAUGGUUCUGCAUAAGCAGUCGCCGUCACCAAAGCAAUGGUCAGAGAAGGACAGUCCGGAUGUUACGGUUGGAUUUGGGUGGAAUAACGAGCCAGUGAUGUUAGCUUUCUACUUCAAGCAGAUGUUGCCGGGCUUUAUUCACGAGCGAUCGCACCCCCGCUUCAUGGAGUGCCAUUACAUGUGCAACCUGGUGCAGGACUCACAGCCUCUGAGGGAUACAGCCUUAGCUUGUGCUGCGAUGACGAUGUCAUGGAAGCCAUCUGCUGAUCCCCGUUGGGGGAUCAAGAUGAGACGACAAGCGCUCUCGUACAAGACCUCGGCACUGGCAUCACUCCAGGACCAGAUCGCGAAUGGGUCCGUGACGGGGACUGAGGACUGGCUCCUUGCUACGGCAAACCAGCUUACACUUCUUGAUAACCGAGACCACAAUACCUUUGCCUCCACUUCCAACACCCAUAUCCGUGCUAUGUUGAACUUGAUCAAAUUGAGAACUACGGCAAACCUCGCUCUCUUGAAAGCCGGUCUCCCACUUCCUGAGAAGUGCCUCUCCGCGCAUGCUUUCGAGCGUGUGUGUUAUGAAGCCGUCCUCUAUCACGGGGCAACUAUGAUGCUGUUUGAUCGAGAGUUCGACAUGCUUAACGGGUCAGCCGAAUGGCAAAUGCUCGAAGAUUACUUCCGAGAUUCGCCAGUGCCUUCCGGCGCUAACGAGGAAAAUUGGCCUGUUCUUGGUAUGCCUUUCGAUGUAUUCCGUCUUGUCGUGAUCGCCUCGAGACUCAGUCGUAUUGCCAUCCUUACAACUGAGAAGCUUGAAAUCGCCGCAGCUGUCCUAGCAGAGCUUUCCAGCUGGUACGAGGUUAUUCCAGCCACUGGUAAAUUCACGAGUGGGCACUCUUACCUCGUGGCUGCAAACGCUCUGUUACGAACUCUCGUUGCUCAACAACCCAACGGAGGCCUUCUUCUGGAUGACAAACAUCCAGCUGACCUUGAGGUCGCUGCUGUUGUCUCCACGAUUGAAAUUGGUCAUCAGUUCAACAAGUAUCCGCUCUGGCCACUUACUGUUUUUUAUCGUCUUUCUUCAGCCCCACGUGAAAGAAAGAUUUUGGAGCAUGCUAUCUCGGCAGCUUUGCAGAACACUGAUGGAGACAUCGCUCGAUUCGCACCUCGAGAGACGAUCAACAUGUUUCUCAUGGCGCCAGGCCUGCGAUCGAUGCUGAUGUAG